UGAUAGUGGGAAUUCUACUUGCUCUCUCAAGCAACGACUUCAGCCUUAAAAUCAAAGAAUGGUUUCAAUCCCAGCAAAUGAAAUAGCUCAUGAUUUUUCUCCCUUCUUUCGUGUAUACAAAGAUGGCAGAGUCGAAAGAUUUCAUAAUUAUGUCUAUGUCUCACCCUCAGAUAAUCCCAAUACUGGUGUGAAAUCCAAGGAUAUAAACAACAAUUCAGCCCGCCUUUAUCUUCCCAAAAUAACCGAAAACAAUCAGAAGUUUCCCCUCCUUAUAUACAUCCAUGGUGGAUUUUCUAUUGAAUCAGCUUUUUCAACGGGGCACGACAAGUACCUACACUCUAUAGUUUCUAAGGCCAACGUAGUUGCCAUAUCCGUUGAUUAUAGAUUAGCCCCAGAACACACAUUACCCACGUGCUAUGAUGAUUCUUGGGCUGUCAUUAAAUGGACUGCUUUACACGUUAAAGUGUGUGACCAUCUCAACAUAUUACCAGAAGAAUUUAUUAAGGAGCCGUGGAUUAAGGACCACGUUGAUUUUUCGCGUGUUUUCUUGGCUGGUGACAGUGCGGGUGCAAUUAUUGUACAUGACAUGUUGGUUAGGGCAAGUGCUAGUGAAAAGCCAUUAGGGGAUGGUUUUCGGAUUGUUGGAAUGGCAUUAAUCCAUCCCUUUUUUGGUGACGAUGAACGUGAUGAGUAUUGUUUGUUUAUUUUUCCGGAAUGUAAAGGACUUGAUGAUCCGAGAUUAAAUCCAGCAGCUCAUCUUAGGUUAUUGUCCAAUUUUGUUUGUCUCAAAAUUAUGGUUUUUGCUGCAGAGAAAGAUUUCCUGAGAGAUAGGAGUUUGACUUAUUAUGACGCACUUAAGAAGAGUGGAUGGAAAGGUGAGGUGGAGAUUAUGGAGACACAAGGGGAAGAUCAUGUCUUCCAUUUGCUUGAACCAACUUGUGAGAAGGCUGGCCUAUUGAUGAAAAAGCUAGUUGACUUCUUCAAUGAGAAGAUUUGAAAUACAUGUAUGUUUGAUUUUCUUAUUUGCUUUUAUAUGUGGUUAUUUCUUGACCUGUAAGGACAAAUUUGUGGAUUUCUGAUGGGAGUUCUUGUAUUCCUAGAAUGUUUUUUUUUUCCCGUUACAUCUUCUUUUUUGAUAACGGAGUGUCUGAGCAGCUUGCACACAACUGAACAAUAGUACCUGCUUUUUGGUCACCAGCCUAGGUAUCGAGUGACUAUGACAAAAAUAAAUAACUUUUUACAUUACAUGUAAUUUAUCUGGAGGGCUG